UCUUCAAUGGGUUCUCUUCCUCAUGUUGUGGAAGACUGCUUUGGAUUGGUUCAGAUCUUUAGUGACGGCUCAAUUCAGCGUCACGAAAGAGUAGAUUUUCCUGCUUUUCCGGUGAAAGACGACGGUUCCGUCGUCUGGAAAGACUAUUGUUAUGACAACCUCCAUGACCUCCAUCUCCGUUUAUACAAACCUAUAUCCACCACCGCCGCCGCCAAGCUACCGGUCAUCUUCUACCUCCGUGGGGGUGGCUUCUGUCUUGGAUCGUUUGCAUGGCCACAUAUCCACAACUGCUGCCUCCGCCUCUCUUCCGCCCUGCAUGCCAUAGUGGUGGCGCCUGACUACCGCCUUGCACCGGAGCAUAGGCUUCCGGCAGCCAUGGACGACUCGCUUGCUGCUCUCAAGUGGCUCCAAGAUUUGGGGAGAAACCCUAAAGGUAGUGGUGGUGACGUGUGGCUUGAUGAUGUGGUCAACUCGUUUGACUUUGAUCGGUUUUUUAUAACCGGUGACUCUUCGGGUGGGAACAUAGCACAUCACUUGGCGGUGCAGCUGGGACCCGGGUCACCGGAGCUGGCGCCCGUCAAGAUACGAGGGUAUGUGAUGUUGGCGCCAUUCUUUGGCGGGAAGGAGAGGACGAAGUCGGAGGCGGAAGGGUCGCCGGAAAGAUUUUUAAACGUCGACAUUCUUGACAUGUUUUGGAGAAUGUCAUUACCGGUUGGAGACACUACAGAUCAUCCGUAUGCAAAUCCAUUUGGGCCUCAAAGCCCAAGUCUUGAGCCCGUUAAGCUUGAUCCGAUACUUUUGAUCGUCGGCGGAGAUGAAAUUAUGAAAGAUAGGGUGAAAUUAUAUGCAGAGAGAUUAAAAGAGCUCCGAAAGAAGGCACAAUACUUUGAAUUCAAAGGCGAACAACAUGGGUUUUUCACAUAUGAACCUUAUUCGGAUGUUUCAGAUUCGGUUAUGAAUCUCAUCAAGGAUUUCAUGUUCGAACAUUCUAGUUGACCAACUCGAGUCACAUUAAUCUUCAUGUGUUUGUCUGAUAUGUCAAAGUCUUGUAAAAAUAGUCUUUUUGCACGAGCCAAUAUAUAUAGUAUUUUGCAUGAUUGUUUGGUCUGUAUUCCUCUUGUAAGACUGAGUACUUGUAUGAAAUUAUUAUUAUG